AUGAAGAGCAUUCGAUCAUAUGAAGAUAUCGCCAUUCUGCAACACGAUUUGGAUGAAUUGCAGAAGUCGGAUAUGCAUGUAGAUGAUUACAAUAACACUUCAGCCAUACUUAGGACUAGGCAUGAAAGACUCUUGAAAGAACGAGAGUUAAGAAAAUCUUUUAAAUCUCAAAAUGAAGAUGUUCUUGGAAAUGGAGGUACAGAUAGUAUCAUUGGGAAUGGUCAGAUACUUACAACAGAAACUGCAGUAAUCAGACAGCGGUUAUUAGUAGUAGCCAAUCGUCUGCCUGUUUCUGCAACAAGAAAGGGUGAGGCAUCCUGGCAACUUGAAAUGAGCGUGGGGGGCUUAGUCAGUGCACUUUUGGGUAUAACUGAUUUCGAUACAAAAUGGAUUGGAUGGGCUGGGGUAAAUGUACCGGAUGAGAUUGGGCAGAAAUCACUGACUGAAGCUUUAGCUGAAAAGAGGUGCAUCCCAGUUUUCCUUGAUGAAGAUCUUGUUAAUCUCUAUUACAAUGGGUACUGUAACAAUAUCUUAUGGCCUCUCUUCCAUUAUCUUGGUCUUCCCCAAGAGGAUCGGCUUGCAACUACUCGUAGUUUCCAAUCGCAGUUUGAUGCUUACAAGAAAGCCAAUCAGAUGUUUGCUGAUGUUGUCAAUGAACAUUAUACAGAAAGGGACGUCAUUUGGUGUCAUGAUUAUCAUCUGAUGUUUCUCCCUAAAUGUCUCAAAGAACAUAAUAAUAAGAUGAAAGUUGGAUGGUUUCUGCACACACCGUUUCCUUCCUCUGAGAUUCAUAGGACACUGCCAUCUCGAUCUGAGCUAUUAAGAGCCGUUCUUGUAGCUGAUCUAGUUGGGUUCCACACUUAUGAUUAUGCAAGGCAUUUUGUGAGUGCAUGUACUCGAAUUCUUGGCCUUGAGGGUACUCCUGAUGGAGUAGAGGAUCAAGGGAAGCUUACUCGUGUUGCUGCGUUUCCUAUCGGGAUAGAUCCUGGUAGGUUCAUACGAGCUAUCCAACUUCCUCAAAUCAAGGAUCAUAUAAUGGAACUCAAGGAGAGAUUUGCCGGUCGAAAGGUAAUGUUGGGUGUCGAUCGCCUUGAUAUGAUUAAGGGAAUUCCACAAAAGAUUUUGGCAUUUGAAAAGUUCUUAGAGGAAAAUCCAGAUUGGCAUGACAAAGUAGUGUUGCUUCAGAUUGCUGUGCCAACAAGAACAGAUGUACCUGAGUAUCAAAAACUUACAUGUCAAGUUCAUGAGAUUGUUGGAAGAAUUAAUGGAAGAUUUGGGAGCCUUACAACCGUUCCGAUUCAUCAUCUGGACCGAUCUCUUGACUUUCAUGGGCUAUGUGCACUAUACGCGAUUACUGAUGUGGCUCUUAUUACAUCAUUAAGGGAUGGAAUGAAUCUUGUGAGCUAUGAAUUUGUGGCCUGCCAAGCUUCAAAGAAAGGGGUUCUAAUCUUAAGUGAGUUUGCAGGUGCAGCCCAGUCUUUGGGUGCAGGUGCAAUUUUGGUAAACCCGUGGAACAUCACGGAAGUGGCUUCUUCAAUCGCAUAUGCUUUAAAUAUGCCUGCCGAGGAGAGAGAAAAACGACACCACAAUAACUUUAUGCAUGUCACUACUCAUACAUCUCAGGAAUGGGCUGAAACCUUUGUUAGUGAACUGAAUGAUACGAUUGUGGAAGCUCAAUUGAGGAUACGGCAGAUUCCACCCUUGCUUCAAGCGGAGAAAGCACUCGAGCGUUAUUUGCAUUCCAACAAUCGUUUACUUAUUUUGGGGUUUAAUGCAACACUAACCGAACCCGUGGAUUCUGGUAGAAGGGUUGAUCAGUUCAAAGAAAUGGAGCCCAAACUGCACCCGGACGUAAAAGAAUCUUUAAGAAAGCUGUGUGAUGAUCCAAAGACCACGGUGGUUGUCCUUAGCGGAAGCCACCAUUCGAUCCUUGAUAAGAACUUGGGAGAAUUCAAUAUAUGGUUGGCUGCAGAACAUGGUGUGUUCUUAAGAACACCCAAUAAGAAAUGGAUCAGAAACUUGCCAGAAAUACAUAUGGAUUGGGUCGAUAGUGUGAAGCAUGUCUUUGAGUAUUUCACCGAGAGAACACCAAGGUCGCACUUUGAGCUUCGUGAGACGUCAUUGGUUUGGAAUUAUAAGCAUGCAGAUGUCGAGUUUGGGAAGCUUCAAGCCAAGGACAUGUUGCAGCACCUAUGGACCGGACCGAUAUCAAACGCAUCGGUAGAAGUGGUUCAAGGUGGCAGGUCCGUUGAGGUUCGUGCCGUUGGAGUCACCAAGGGUGCAGGAAUUAAACGUAUUUUAGGACAAGUCAUACAUUACAAAGAUUUGAAGGAGCCGAUUGACUACGUCCUGUGUGUAGGACAUUUCCUUCCAAAGGAUGAAGAUGUUUAUACAUUUUUUGAGCCGGAGCCACAAACACCGGUCAGAUCAAGUUUAUCGAGUCCGGUUAAUGGAUCAUCUACAGAUCAUUCUGUAGGAAGAAACGGAUUCUCAGGACCACGCGGUAAAAAAUCUCAUCCAUUUUCGGCUUCGGAUGGUAACGAUGCCUGCAACGAGAAUGGUAACGGGAAAGAUACGACACCGUCGAUACUCGACCUCAAUAGUAACAAUUACUUUUCGUGUGCGGUCAAAAGAAAGCGGUCGAGUGCCAGGUAUCUCUUAAGUUCAUCGGCUGAUGUCGUCUCUCUGUUGGAAAAAUUGGCGGACGUUUCAUCGGAGAGAUGA